AUGACUGCGUCGUCCCUAACAAGUCUACGGAUGAAUGCUAAAGUGGCAGUGGUAGGUGGUGGAGUAUCUGGACUCUCGUUUGCGUAUUUCCUUAGUAAACUUCGACCUGAUGUUAACAUCACCAUCUACGAGAAAAGUAACAGAGCAGGAGGUUGGAUCUGUACUGAACCUCAGCCAAAAGCUGGUGGCUACUUUGAAAAGGGACCUAGAACCCUUCGAGGAGUUCGUUCGGGUACUUUGCUAAUAGUAGAUAUUCUACGUCGUUUAGGUUUAAGUAAUCAGAUCCAAGUGAUCCCCAAGAGUUCUACAGUCAACAAGAAAUAUUUACUAUACGACGGUCAAUUGGUCCAGACCCCCGAUUCUGCAUUAUCUACCCUAAAAUUCUUGGAAACAGGUAUUUUAAAGGGCGUACCAUUGAGCAUACUACGUGAACCAUUUCAGAAAUCGACUACAAAGAAGGACCAAAUUACGGAUGAAUCCAUAGAAUCAUUUUUUAAACGAAGAUUUGGGAACGCUCGAUUGAUAGAUAACAUGUUAAGUGCCAUUAUUUAUGGGGUGUAUUCUGGUGAUCCUUCCAAGUUAAGUAUUCGAUCAAUUUUCCCCCAAUUAGUUAAGUUUGAAGACGACCAUGGAUCUUUAGUUAGAGGCUGGUUCAAAUCUCGUUCUCAAGCUGAAUCUGAAUCUGUUGAUCCCGAAACCACAGUGUUACGUCAAUAUGAGGAGUCAAUUGCACCUGAAGCAGGCUUGAACUCCUUGAAGUCGCAAUUGAGUUCAUUCUCCAUGCUAAAGUUAAAGGAUGGUCUACAGGUACUACCCACAGCUAUAGCGUCAUAUUUGGAAUCAGAAGGGGUGAAUAAGAAUACGACUACCACCACUAUAGAAUAUGGGACAGACAUAACGGCCAUCGAUCCUAAGAACUUGACCAUUACAACUUCCAAAGAAGGGGUGCCAAAGAAAUUUGAUCAUAUUCGCUCAACAAUCAACAGCAACACGUUGGCAAACUUAAUUGGAAGAAAUAAAGAUACUUUCAAUUUAGAUUAUGCCACGAUUUUCCUUGUGAAUGCUUACUCCAAGUCAGCGAAGUUGAUCAACAAACACGGGUUUGGGUUCUUGGUUCCUCGUAGUACCAAGACUCCCGAAAUGCUAUUAGGAACUAUCAAUGAUUCGGAUAUCGAGCAAAAUAGCGUCCAGUUGUUUGAGAGAGAAUCUUUAGAAGAGACAGAGACAGCACAACCCCUAGACUCAUAUAAUAAAAUAACAUUUAUGUUUGGUGGGCCACAUUAUAAUAGAGAGAUUCCUUCUGAAAAUAUUAGAUUACGGUUAGUGAGGGAAUCAUUGACGAGAUAUUUAGGCAUAGACCUUUCAGAGCAUCGAUUGAUAAUAUUGAAACCAGGUGAAAAAUUGAGUACUCCCAUUAAUGAUUCAGAUAUUGUUAUCUCGUACGCCUUACAACAAGAUUGCAUUCCCCAGUAUAAUGUUGGUUAUGAAGAGAAGAAGACCAAUGCAAUCAAGUGGUUAAAUGAAGUUAGUGGAGGGAAGUUCUCAUUAGGAGGAAUGGCAUUUGCUAAACAGGUGGGUGUACCAGAUUGUGUUUUCAAUGCAUUUGAAGAUGCAUAUUCAAUUUCUGGCAUUAAAGAUGGAAAUUAA